AUGGCGGACCACCCGGACGCCAUUGAACGACCUGAUGACCCCGGCGAUGAACUCGCUCGUCGUUCGCCAAUUGAUCUGUCCGCGGCCGUUACCGGGCUGGAUCUGCUAUUCUCCAACUUAGCGCUAGUAGAUAACCAUGGAAAGGCGCCUGCAGUCGCGCCGACCGUCGAUGUUCCAUUUGAACCCAUCGACGAGCCUCUGUGUCCCUCCCCUACUGCGCCCGUGUUGGAGCAAGAAAUCGCGGCGGUGCCAGUGGCUAAGAAGUCCGCCAGGUACACGCAGUCAACGCUGCCGUGGCCCAAGAAGGGAGGUCCCGCUGGUGCAACACCGGCUUCGCCAGCCGACCAACUGUCGACGCCCGCGACCGCAGGCACGCAGGCGUCGCCCUCAACACCUGGGCCUUCUAAACCGGCAGGGCCAGACGCAACCUACGCGGAGGCUCUGUAUAAGUACAAAAGCGAGUGGCUCGAGCGGUUUUCUUGGCUUAUUCUGCUAAAAAAAGCUGAAGGUUUCCCCGCUUUCAAGUGCAGCAUCUGUACGGAGCACGCAGGCUACGCUGGACCGUGUGGGAGAGGCGGAAAGGGCGCCACAGACGUUCAGACGCAGGCGUUCAAACGGCAUGCGGCAACUACCAAGCACAAGGAGGCGUUGAAACACCAGCAGAAGCUUCUCGACGACGCCGCUACGCAGCCACGGAUCAACGGCGACAAUCUCGCUCGCGACACGGAGAAGGAGCGGGUCGUCAAGCUCCUCGACUCCCUGCUCUUCGUGACCAAGCAAGAUGCACCCAUAGAGUUAUGGGUGAAUCUUGUGCGCUACCUCGCGCGACUCAAGGUGCCCGGGUUCCCAGCAAAAGGCUACGGAACCUAUUAUACUACGGAGGCCCUCGCAGCAAAGGACGCCGCUGAACAACUCCCCGAGUUCGGCAUGGUGGACUCCCUGCUCCGCCAAGUGGCAGAGCAUUUGGGGCGUUCUGGCCCGUGGCAUCAACGCUUCAUUGGCUUGCAGGAGGUGUUCACGAAAACAAACCUGGAGCUACAAGGGAUCCACGACGUCCGCUGGCUCUCCCGCGGUGACGCCAUUCUGCGCGCGGUAGAGGUCUUCCCCGCGCUGAUCGUGAUGCUGUAUGAGUGGGACAUCACCCUCUACGAGCUCGCCACGAGCUACAGGUUUCACUUUCUGCUAUACUUCCUUGCAGACGUCCUCGAGCAGCUCAAUGUGCUGAACAGGGCAUUCCAGCAGCGUGAGCUGGACAUUGCAAGUGUCCACGGGCAGAUCCGCCGGUCGAUUUCAUUCCUAGAGUCCCGCUACGUCGACUGUGGUGACGACUUUGGAGGCGGGGUGAGCGCGCGCCUCUCCCCGUUCAUCAAGAAGCACGGGCCUGAGGGGGGCAAUCCCGAGGUGAAGGUGCAGGGAGUCGACUCGGACGGGCGGCCCACGACACACACCUUCGAGCUGCACGAGAAGCCGAGCGAAGACUACCCGACCCUCGGCUCCCACGACGCCUGCGUCGAUCUCUGCACCACCUUCGCCGAGACGCUCGUGCAAAACCUCAGCACACGGUUCCAGGACCUGGACUCCCUGGUGGGAGUGCGGCUGUUCAUGCCUGACGAGUGGGAGCUGGGGAGAGCAGAGCGCCACAGGCAGUGUCUCGAGUGGCUUGAGUCUCUCGUGAGGCUGUUCAGGGCACAGGACACGGACUACAUCAUUCCAGGUAUUCCCGCUCUCGCACUGUUGCUCUACAAGAAGCGCCGCCCAUUCGGCAAUGUGGCGGCACCACCCGAAAGAGAGGGAGAGGGCAGGGAUAGCACGGGAAAGGAGGCCCUAGAGGAGGAAGAGUGGGCAGAACGACAGGGUAAGGGAAGAGAAGAUGAUGAUGACAAGCAGGCCUCAUCAGAUGAUGAUUACUGA